AUGGAUGACCUGGAUUGCACGGCUGAACAAAAGCUGAAAGGGGCGAUAUCACUACUUAGGGAGGAAGCUUACCAGUGGUGGUUGACUGUGAAAAAGGGUACCCAACUUGAGCAGAUUACCUGGGAAUUCUUUAAAUUCGUAUUUCAAGGGAAAUAUGUUGGGGCAAGCUAUGUAGAUGCCCGGAGGAAGGAAUUCUUAAACUUAACUCAAGGGGAUCGGUCUGUGGCUGAGUAUGAGGCAGAGUUUUUGCAACUUAGCCGAUAUGCCCGUGGGAUAGUAGUAACAGAGUACGAACGUUGUGUUCGGUUUGAGGAUGGCCUCCGAGAUGGUCUACGAGUAUUAAUAGCUCCACAGAGGGAGCGAGAUUUUGUGGCAUUGGUAGAGAAAGCUAAGAUAGCUGAGGAUGUGAAGUGUGCUGAGCGCCAGAGUUGGGAAAAGAAAAGGAGUAAAAACAAAAUAGAUUUAAAGCCCUCCAAUUCUGAUCAGAGGCAUAGGAAAAGUACCAGGGAAGAUGGGCCGGUCCGAGCUGAAGCCCCUGUUGCUGCUGUUAGAUUACAACCUUGUGUUGAUUACGAGAAAAGCCAUUAUGGCGAAUGCUGGAAAAGGAUUGGAGCCUAUUUAAGAUGCGGAUCGAUGGAGCAUCGUUCAGAGAGUGUCCUCAGAGACCAGAUUAUGGACAAACUAUAG